UAAUUUGAGAGCAGAGAGAUCCUCAGGAUAUCAUUAGCCAAAGGAAAAGCUCCGCAUUCCCACCCAGUGCAGAGGUUGAAAUAGUAUCAGAAGGCCAGAGUCUUUCUCUCCAGCCACAGGCUCCAUCUUUCAGGAGCAAGGGGGAACUCUGAGAGAGAGUGGGGCAGCAGAGCCCGCGGCCUGCCAGCGCCCUGGAGGAGGGCUUCCCUCUCCUGCCCUCGAUCCCGCUGGGUUGACCCGGCUGAGUUCCAGCCCAGAGCGCAGGAGCGCAGAGCCGGGGCGCCUCCUGCGCUACCCAGGCGCUGGUGACAGCCACAUGAAGCCUGCUGGGGAGGCGGGGCCAGGGUGCAGCAAGCCGGCGGGGACCGAGGCUGUCGCCGUCUUAGGGAGGCACUGACUGCCAAGGGGACCCCCUCCCCUCUAUCGUGCCUGGGCGAACAGUCUUCUCCAGGGGUCCCCUGUCAUCCUGCCUAUCCAGGAUGGUGCUGCUGAAGUUUCUCUGGAUGGGUUUCUUCUGCCACCUGUGUCAGGGCUACUUCGAUGGCCCUCUCUAUCCGGAGAUGUCCAAUGGGACCCUGCACCACUAUUUCGUGCCCGACGGGGACUAUGAAGAAAAUGAUGACCCCGAGAAGUGCCAGCUGCUCUUCAGGGUGAGUGACCACCGGCGCUGCUCCCAGGGGGAGGGGAGCCAGGCCAGCAGUCUGCUGAGCCUCAGCCUUCGGGAGGAGUUCACCGUGCUGGGCCGCCAGGUGGAGGAUGCUGGGCGUGUCCUAGAGGGCAUCAGCAAGAGCAUCUCCUACGACCUGGACGGGGAAGAGAGCUAUGGCAAGUACCUGCGGCGGGAGUCCCACCAGAUCGGGGACGCCUACUCCAACUCGGACAAGUCCCUCACUGAGCUGGAAAGCAAGUUUAAGCAGGGCCAGGAACAGGACAGCCGGCAAGAGAGCAGGCUCAACGAGGACUUCUUGGGGAUGCUGGUCCACACCAGGUCCCUGCUAAAGGAAACACUCGACAUCUCUGUGGGGCUCAGGGACAAAUACGAGCUGCUGGCCCUCACCAUCCGGAGUCAUGGGACCCGGCUGGGUCGGCUGAAAAAUGAUUAUCUUAAAGUGUAGGUGUGAGGGCGCGCUGCCUGGGAGAGGGCAUCAAAUCAAGCCCCGUUGUGGAGGGUGGGGACAGAAGCCGGGGCUAACGUCUCCCUUAUACUUAUUAUUUUUUAUAUCUGGAUUUGCACUUGGAGAAUCAUCUGAAGUGAUCUUUAAAAAGAAAUAAGCGAGGGCCGAGCUGUUUUGUUUUUGUACAUUAUUUAUGGGAUCGCUAUUGACUUGUUACUUGGAAAGACCGAUUUAAAGCCAUGCCUCCAGCCUUUCUUAGAGGACUUUCUAACUCUGCACAGACACCUGUUUCCGCCACGUCUAGAAGGACACGGUUUAUGCAGGAGGGAGUGAUUAACCUUCCCCAUCCUGGAGAAAAUACCCAGAGAGCAGAGCACAUGGUUCCUUUUCACCUUCAGCCUUCCCUCUUGGGCUUUGAAAGCUGUCAGUUGUCUGAGGUGCUGUGCGGCCUGCCUGCCAGCGGACGCCUGUUUCUCCUCUUUUUCUCUCUUAAUUUAUUAACCGUGGUCUUCAAGGUUUUGUUUUUAGUUUUUUGGGUUUUUGUGGGGGGUUUUGUAAGAGUAUUGGCUGGAAGCUAUAUGCAAAUAGUCCUUUGCAGGGAGACGUUUGAGGUGCCUCUGUGAGUGUGUGUAAGCUGAAGUGGCCACACUGAGGAAGUGCAAGCUUUGUGGGGGGUACACACUCACGUUGCUAAGCUGACUUGCUGUGUCUCUCACUGCAUGCCUGUGUCCUCAGAGCUACAGUCCAUUAAAAAAAAAGUCGAUUGUUUGAACACACCCCCAAAUGCCUAUGUUGUAGCUUACCAAUGUAUUCGUUCUGGUUUGGGGGUUUUCUUCUGUUUGCUUACUGGAAACUUGUACUUCAAGUAGGGGGGGAUUCUAGUUCUAAUAACUCCUGAACUAAGUUUUAUUAUUCAGCCAAUAAAUAUGUUCUCGUAUAA